AUGCUCAUUACAAAUAUACGGUGGUGCAACUUGUUGAGAUGCAAAAGUAACAUUUGCAAGGCAGUUUACUGUAGCUCGUUUGCGACUCAGCUGGACUUGCCAAAACCGACUCCAACCAGCAAACUUGCUGCAUUCAGAAAGGGUUCAGGUGGGAGAUGCAGUUUCUCCGGGCAUGUGGUAACCGUGUUUGGCUGCACUGGCAGGUUAGGAAAAUUGUUAGUAAAUCGACUUGCCAAAGAAGGUCAUCAAAUUAUUAUUCCGAGUCGGCAAGAACCGUACUACACUAGGCAGUUAAAAAUCUUUGGAGAACUUGGACAAGUUCUUUUGUUGCCAUUCGAACUGAAAGAUGAGGAAAGCAUUCGACGAGCCAUUCGUUAUAGUAAUGUGGUCGUUAAUUUAAUUGGUACUAGAAAUGAGACGAAAAAUUAUUCGUUUGAGCAGACUCAUGUCGAAGGAGCACAACGAAUUGCACGUAUUGCAAAAGAAAUGGGUGUGCAGAGACUCAUUCAUAUGUCAGCAAUGAAUGCAACUAAGAAUACUCCACCAACUUUGUUUAAUAAACCGUCUCAGUUCCUUCGAACUAAAGGACUGGGAGAGGAAGUUGUGCGUGAGGAGUUUCCGAACGCUACGAUCAUAAGACCUUCGGUGAUGUAUGGAGGUAAUUACGAUGCCUUCAUUAAUUAUUUCUUGACAUAUCAUCGUAUUCCACACAGAAGUUUAGUUUAUGUUUACAGGAAAGGAGAGCACACUUUUAAAAUGCCAAUCUGGGUAGGUGAUGUAUCGAAGGGUGUUGAAAAAACUAUUGUCGACCCCCAUUCUGUCGGUAAGACUUAUGAAUUUGUUGGUCCGCAUUGUUACAAGUUAUCAGAAUUGAUUGAUUAUAUGUAUGAACGAGCUCAUCUUUCUUCUCGAUUUCCGAAUCGACGAUAUCGUCGCCGAAAUUUAAAUUAUUUAUUCAGGGCUUAUGUAGCUGGUCUGGAGCUAUUUUAUAAAGCGUUUCGCAACCCAUCACCACUCAAUUUUGAAUGGAUUCGAGUGGUUGAGUGCACAAGUGAUGUCCUAACUGGUUGUCUAUCACUUCAGGAUCUUGGAGUCACAAGGCUUGCGGAGUUCGAAUUGACUGGUGGAAGGCAUGCUUACUUCUGUGUGAAUCAUUACGAUGAACCUAACAUCACGGAACCAUAUCCUUUGCCGCUCCGAUCGCCACCUUUAUGUGCAGAUAUAAAACAGAAUCAUAUGGAUGAAAUCGUUACGGAAUCAAAGCCGUUCACGAUAAGCAGCAUUGUUUAG